AUUAAUUGAAAGAGUUUAGUUUUGGAAACACGCACACACUACUAUACUAAUUUCAGUAGGACUCUGGCAUUCCAUAUCCAUUUUUUCCAACUCUCCUCUGCGUUUUGAAGAAGUUGAAGGAGUUGGGAACAAACACAGGUUUUCUGAUUUUCGUUUCUCUUCGCUCACUCUCGCACUCCGCUAAGAGUCAUGACAAUACUACUAGCUGUUCGUGAUUUUCCGGAUGGAUGUGGAGCAUUUCCGAAAUUUGUUGAGGAUAUUAAGAAUAAGAAUGAUCAACAUUUAGCAAGAAGGUAUCUUCCUCCACGAAAAGCUUCAGCUGUCAGAGACUUCCUUCCUUUAUUUGGAGCAUGCAAUGACAUGGAUGUGUGUCAAGAAGAGGGGAAGAAAGUGGGUCUACAAAACCUCGCUGUAGAUGACAACAAUCAAUUGAAAAAAGUAUCAGCAGCUGAUGAUGUAAAAGAAGAAGUUAAGAGUAACAUUCAAGAUGACUAUAGUCGCAAGAGAAAUAUUGUGGACUUCUAUCAAAAUCAAACUGAUUCUGAAAGGAAUGUUACUGAGGGACUGAAGGAGCUGCGUGCAUUUGAAGAACCAUCUUCUCAGAUGAAAAUGGCGCCGGAAAAAAAAUUGCAGGUCUCAUCAUCAGACAUGAAAGUGGUACUUGGUUUCAUGGUUAAAUCAGAAUGUCCUUGGAGGUCUGGUCAAGUUUCCUCCCACUUUAAGUUGGGAGAUGCUAAAAAUGAAGACAAGAGAAAGAAAGUGGUUUCUUUUGCAUUGCCUGACAGGUCUAGAAGAGCUAUCAAGACUAAAUGUAAUUUUGGGCAGAAGCCUUUCAAAAAGAAGGCAAAUUCUGCUUCUGAAGGUAUGGGUGAAUUAGAAAUUUGGGGAAAGGAGGGCUGGCUUGACCCUGUUGAAAAUAGUGAAGAAUCACAUGAGUUCGAUGUAAAUGUUACUCCCUCUUCUCAUUCUAAUUUCACUGGUGGUGAUGAGAGUGACUCGGAUGUGACCCGAGAAAAAGUGAGGGAAGCAUUACGGUUGUUUCAAGUUGUUUGUAGAAGUCUUUUAGAGGAAGGAGAAUCAAAGUCAAAUGAACUAGGGAAAAGAAAGAGGGUUGAUUUAAUUGCUGCAAGGAUUCUUAAGGACAAUGGGAUUCAUGUUAACUCAGGCAAGAAGAUACUGGGCCCUGUACCUGGGGUUGAAGUUGGUGAUGAGUUUCAAUAUCGGGUGGAGCUUAAUAUAAUUGGCCUUCAUCUUCAGAUUCAGGGUGGCAUAGAUUAUGUGAAGCACAAUGGUAAGAUCCUUGCGACUAGUAUUGUUGCUUCAGGUGGCUAUGCUGAUUAUUUGGUCAAUUCGGAUGUCUUGGUAUAUUCAGGGCAGGGUGGGAAUGUGAUGAGCAAUGACAAAAAACCUGAAGAUCAGAAGCUCAAGCGGGGCAAUCUUGCUUUGAAGAACAGUAGUGAGGAAAAGAAUCCUGUUAGGGUGAUUCGCGGCUCUGAAUCAAUGGAUGAUAAAUACAAGACAUAUGUAUAUGAUGGGCUGUAUGUGGUCGAGUCAUAUUGGCAGGACAGAGGAUCACAUGGGAAGCUGGUUUAUAGGUUUCGCCUUAAAAGAAUUCCUGGUCAAAAGCUUGCUUUGAAGGAAGUGAAGAAAUCUAAAUAGUUGUUCAAGACAAGAGAAGGUAUAUGUGUUGAUGCUAUGUUUCUUUUGGAAAAAAACGAAUUCCCAUAUGUGCUGUGAAGUGUGAACACCAUAGAUGAUGAAAACCCCCUUUCUGUUUUAGUACAUAACUAGCUUGCAUGAUAUAUUGAUAUACCCUUUUCGUCUUCCUGCAGAUGGAUGUGAUUGUAAAUGUACUAAUGGAUGCUUAGACUUGGAGAAAUGUUCACGUUUCUUCUCACAAAACCUCUUUGUGGUUGCCCGGCUACCCUAUGAAUUAGAAAUCUGUCUGAUCUGAGGGUUUUCAUGCAUGCUUGUAAUAAACUUUUUUUAGUAGAGAUAUAUGUGUCUUUCACUAUUCGAGUCA